GCUAUCUUCCUCCAGAAGAAAUCAAAGAAAGAUUUGACAGCAAUUGCAUUACUCCGGGAACAGAAUUUAUGGAUAAUCUGGCUAAAUGCCUUCGCUACUAUGUUGCUGAUCGCUUAAACAAUGAUCCAGGGUGGAAAAACUUAACAGUUAUUUUAUCUGAUGCCAGUGCUCCCGGUGAAGGCGAACACAAAAUCAUGGAUUACAUACGAAGGCAACGAGCUCAACCAAAUCAUGACCCAAACACUCACCACUGCUUAUGUGGAGCUGAUGCUGACCUCAUUAUGCUUGGAUUAGCUACACAUGAACCCAAUUUCACUAUAAUCAGAGAAGAAUUUAAGCCUAAUAAACCAAAGCCAUGUGGUCUUUGCAACCAGUUUGGACAUGAAGUUAAGGAGUGUCAAGGUUUGCCAAAAGAAAAACAAGGAGAGCAUGAUCAGUUUGCAGAUAGUCCUCUUGGCCUGGAACAAGAAUUUAUUUUUAUUCGCUUAAGCGUUUUGAAAGAAUAUUUGGAAAAAGAGCUAACGAUGGCCAGUUUGCCUUUCACUUUUGAUGUUGAAAGAAGUAUCGAUGAUUGGGUGUUCAUGUGUUUCUUUGUGGGAAAUGACUUUCUUCCACAUUUGCCCUCAUUAGAGAUCAGAGAAGGAGCUAUUGAUCGUCUGGUGAACAUAUAUAAAAACGUUGUACACAAAACUGGCGGGUACCUUACAGAAAAUGGCUUUGUCAACCUACAAAGAGUACAGAUGAUCAUGUUAGCUGUUGGAGAAGUCGAAGAUAGCAUUUUUAAGAAGCGAAAAGAUGAUGAGGAAAAUUUCAAAAGAAGACAGAAAGAAAAAAGGAAGAGAAUGAAGAGAGAACAGCAUUCUAUGGCUGGUGGACAAUUCACACCACAGCCUUUAGGGAGGGGAAACAGAUCAAGCCAUCAGCCAAUCAGCAAUCCAAGACAAACGGCCUUUGAAAUGAGAAUGCAGGACAGACAGAACACAACUCCUUCAUCUUCUCCUAAUACAAGCUUCACGUCCAAUGAUACACCGGGAGGCAUUAAGCGAAAAGCAGAGGACAGCGACAGUGAACCUGAGCCAGAAGAUAAUAUCAGGUUAUGGGAAGCCGGUUGGAAACAAAGAUAUUACAAGAACAAAUUUGAUGUUGAUGUGUCUGACAAAAAGUUCCGUCGUAAAGUUGUACAAUCUUAUGUGGAAGGGCUUUGCUGGGUUCUCCGAUACUAUUAUCAGGGCUGUGCCUCUUGGAAAUGGUAUUAUCCUUUCCACUAUGCGCCGUUUGCUUCAGAUUUUGAAGCAAUUGCGGACAUGCCUUCAGACUUCGAAAAGGGAACAAAACCGUUCAAACCUCUGGAGCAACUUAUGGGGGUAUUUCCAGCAGCCAGUGGUAAUUUUCUCCCGCUAUCUUGGCGAAAACUUAUGACUGAUCCGGAAUCAAGUAUAAUUGACUUCUACCCUGAAGACUUUGCUAUCGAUCUGAAUGGAAAGAAGUAUGCUUGGCAAGGUGUUGCUCUGUUGCCGUUUGUUGAUGAACGUCGUCUGAGGGCUGCGCUAGCAGAGGUUUAUCCUGACCUCACUUCUGAAGAACAAAGAAGAAAUAGUCUUGGUGGAGAUGUUAUCUUUGUUGGGAAACAUCACCAACUUCAUGACUUUAUUCAUGAGCUGUACAAGUCCGAUGACAAAGAGCCGACAGACAUGCCUCCUGAAUUGUGUCAUGGUAUUCAAGGAAAACUUUCUCUGAAUGACAAUCGAGUUCUUCCAGAUGAGGUAGUUCACUCGCCAAUACCAAUGCUACGUGACCUGACACAGAACUCAGCAAUAAGUAUCAACUUUAAAGACCCUCAAUUCCAAGAUGACUAUAUUUUUAAGUCAGUGAUGUUACCAGGUGCAAAAAAACCAUCACCAGUUCUGAAACCAGGGGACUGGGAGAAAACCAACAACGAUGGCAGACCCUGGAGACCACAGCUGGGCUUUAACCGUGACCGGAGGCAGGUUCACUUGGAUCAGUCAGCAUUCAGGACAUUAGGCCAUUCAAUGUCAAGGGACAGAGGACAGUCCGGCAGUGGAGUUUACAGCAACAUUGGUCCUCCAGGAACUUACAAUCAAGGAAGCUCCUACAGACCCCUGCUGAGCAGACCCCAACAGAUCCCAAAGCUGCUUGCAACGGUCGUGAUCGGCCCGCUGGAUUACCAGACAUCAGUCAGAGUUUGGCCAACCUUCAAACGCUCCUACCUCGGCCGGGGGGCCCUAUUCAACCCUGGCCGCAGCAGCCACCAGAGACGGGAGAUGAUGACUCGGUUACCGGAGAAGGACCCGGCCCAGAUAACCCGUGUCCAGAUGAUUCCCAUCCUGACCAACCGGUCAGACCAGGUGACGAUGGGACCAGUGGAGGGGGUGACGGGCCGCAGCCGGGAGAUCCCCGUCCCACCACUCCUACCAACGGCGGAGGAGAACCGCUACAGCCGGCGGCCCCGCUUCUCCCUCCAACCACGACACAAGCGGACCAGCCGCCGCUGCCUAGAGGGGAACCAGCACCCGUUCGGCCAACGCGACCUAUGCCGAGAGGACUCCCCCAGCCGCUUCCGGGAGUGCCUCCACCGCGCCAGCCGCAACCGUACCAGCCGCAACCGCACCCGCAGCAACCUCUACCACAGCUGCCGCCAGCUCCACGACAACCCCCUUUACAACUCGGCCCACUCGAUCCGUGGGGAUUUCCAGCCCGUGAAUCCCUUCGGAAAGGAAAGGAGGCUUGCUUCAGAGUGGAGCACAAGACUCGCCAAGGCCAGAAAGGAGUAUGGAAUGGUGUAUCUGGGGAAAGAAAUGGGCAGAGUUCUGCCGAUGUGGCUGCGCCUUAGUGAAGGAGAGCGAUUGCUGUUUGCCUUGGUACCAAAUUCUGGCUUCUUGUUGCACUCUUUCUGGCACAGAUUCCCUGCCUAA